UAUAUUGAACCAAGCUUCUACCAGAUUUAGGUAGAAUAAGCUUACUGGAAAUCCUUGGAUGCACUAUUAAUGAGUGGGGAUAUCUUCGACUAUGAUCCUUCCAUGAAGUAGAUAUUCCCUCUAAAAGUGCAAUCUAGAGUGUAAAAGAUGUGUUUGCUCCUUUUAUAAUGACACUGCUAUUCAUUUGAGCUCUGUAUGGGCCUCUUUAGAGCUAUCUCAUGAGGAACUGCCACAAAAUCUUGAAUACGACUUGAUAGUAUCACCUUGUCAUUCAGCAUCAUUAUCAAAUCUAGCUAGAGAGUCUGUGUAAAUGCAUUUUUAAUUGAUAUCUUUUUAUAAAUCUUAUUCUUUUGAUUUUAAAGAUAGGUUUGCCGUUUGUGCAGUAUUUUUCUUCCCAAAAGCAUUUAUCUUCAUUCCAAAGUAUUUGGUUCAAUCUAAGCAUCCCAAGUAUAAUAGUUUGGGUAAUAAAGCAUUUUUACCAAAUAUUUCAUGCUAAGGUUCAAUCUCUCUGUGAUAAUGCUAAGAUGGAUCUUCCUGAGAAGCAGUCCAUCAUAGCUCUUAUUCGGCCUUUUGUCGCUUCAUUUCGACUUCAAAUUCAGCAAUAAGAUUAGACUACUUCUUUUCUGAUUAUGGGUUCAUAUGUUUUAGAGAUCUAGAUAGAAGAGACUGAGGUUAUUUUUCCAGUAUUAGUAUUGAGCCUGAACACAACUUUUGAGUUCUCUCUGAGCUUCUCAUUGAUAAUAAUGUCUAGUUUGAGUCCUUUCAGUUAUCUAUUUUAGAUUUUUAUAACAAAUCUCUGUGCUCGUUUAGAGAGUUUGAUCUUGCAUACUCCUCGGUAGGCAGUCAAUGCUGAAUGAAACCGUAACUUUUAGGAUUACUUUCAAUUAGCUUGGUAAGGCUCAAAAUGUUUUGCUCAUUUGUGGUUCUUUCAAAGCUCUCUUUCGAUAUCAGAAUGUUCAAUAUAGAGUAAGCAUGCAAAUAAGCCAUAAACUAAUAUGUUAGGCUCCAAUCUUAUCAGUAAAGUUUCCAAAUCCAGCGAGAGAUUAGUAAGUCAUGGUCCUCAAGGCACAACUCUCUGUAUAAAUUCCAUCGUUGGUGUAUCUUCCAGCUUGGUUCUAUUUUUUAGCAAAAAAUGGAGAUUUGGAAGUUGAAAUUUUAGAUCAUGAAAAUUAUUAAUGGCAGACUUAUUAGUUAUUAUGUUGUUUUCUUAGUUUUAU